UAAGUUCAUUCUAUCUUUCUUUCUGGAUUUAAGAAGACGAUAUAUAUACAUGAAAACAUAAACAACUUGGAAACUAGACUCUCAUUUCUCUGUCUGUAACCGACGAUGUCCAAGCAGUCUUUCAGGGUCUGCUUCUGUUUCAGGAGAAUAUUCAAGGGCAGGCUGCUUGAGCCUCCUGAAGACGUCAAAUUCCUCUUCAACCAAUACUCGCACAAUGGCACCAUGACCCUCGACGACCUGCACAGGUUUCUGAUUGAAAUUCAAGGAGAAGAACAAGCCACAAAGAAUGAUGCUCAAGCCAUCUUCAACAGCCUCAAGCAUCUCAACAUCUUCCAAAGAAAGGGUCUCCACCUGGAAGCCUUCUUCCGAUAUCUUAUGAGCGAUCUCAAUGCUGCUCUCUCUCCAUCUAGUGGGGUGCACCACGACAUGGAUGCUCCACUGGCUCAUUAUUUCAUGUUCACGGGCCAUAACUCCUACUUGACUGGAAAUCAACUUAGCAGUGACAGCAGUAUUCAACCCAUCAUAAAUGCUCUACGAAGAGGCGUAAGAGUAAUUGAGUUAGAUUUGUGGCCAAAUUCCAAAAAAGACAAUGUUGAAGUUCGCCAUGGAGGGACACUUACUUCUCCAGUAGACCUCGUUAAAUGUUUAGUUGCUAUUAAAGAAAAUGCUUUCCAUGCAUCUGACUAUCCUGUUGUGAUAACUUUUGAGGACCAUCUAACUCCAGAUCUUCAGUCCAAGGUAGCCAAGAUGGUCACUAAAACAUUUGGAGACAUGCUGUUCUGCCCCAAAUCAGAUCAAAUGAAAGAAUUUCCUUCUCCAGAAUCAUUGAAGAAAAGAGUUAUGAUAUCCACUAAACCACCGAAAGAGUAUAUUGAAACUAAGAAUAUCAAGGAAAAUGAGACAAGGAAAUCAUCAAAGAAAGAACACUGGAAGGAUGAGAAGGCAUCUUCCGAAAGUGAACUUGAAACUAAUGAUAAGGACCAGCCAUAUCAGGAAGAACACAUUCCAGAUGAAGAAGAAGAGAAGACAGUUCCUGAAUACAGGAAUUUAAUUGCCAUUCAUGCAGGGAAGCUGAAAGGUCCAUUAGAAAACUGGCUAAACGUAGAUUCAGACAAAGUUAGACGUCUCAGUUUGAGUGAACAAGAACUUGAAAAUGCUGCAAGAACAAAUGGAACCGAUAUUGUCAGGUUCACUCAGCGGAAUUUGCUGCGGGUAUACCCCAAAGGUUCUCGCCUUGAUUCCUCUAAUUAUGAUCCUUUUAUUGGUUGGACCCAUGGAGCUCAAAUGGUUGCAUUUAAUAUGCAGGGCUAUGGGAAAUACCUCUGGGUGAUGCAUGGGAUGUUUAAAGCAAACGGUGGCUGUGGUUAUGUGAAAAAACCUGAUUUCUUAUUGCGACUUGGCCCAAACAACAAGGUUUUUGAUCCCACCGAGCAAUUACUUGUAAAAAGAAUUUUGAAGGUGAAAGUCUUCAUGGGGGAAGGGUGGGAUUUGGAUUUUCGGCGAACACAUUUUGAUCUGUAUUCCCCACCUGACUUCUUUGUCAAACUUGCAAUUGCUGGAGUCCCAGCAGAUAAAGCUAAGAAGAAAACAAAAAUAAGAGAAGAUGACUGGCUACCAGAAUGGAACGAGGAGUUCGAGUUCAAACUGACUGUUCCUGAAUUGGCUAUACUCAGGAUUGAGGUUUUUGAGUAUGACUCAUCAGGACAACAUGACUUUGGAGGCCAAACAUGUUAUCCUGUAUCAGAGUUGAGAACUGGGAUUCGAGCAGUGCCAUUACAUGAUCGUAGAGGAGAUGUAUACAAGAAUGUAAGGCUCCUUAUGCAAUUUGAAUUUGCUUGAUCCUAAUGUACUGCAAUGCACUAUGCUAUUACUGAAGGUCGUGUACAUACCAUAUACCACUCAUGCUGCAGAUAUGCUUUUAUUGCUUUUA